AUGCGUUUCUCUGCAAUCUCCGCUGCUGCCUUGGCCUUCGCGGCCUCUGCCUUCGCGCAGACCGCCGGCUUCGAUGCCAUCACCGCCCCCGUCGAGGAUGAGCAGGUGCCUGCCGGUGAGACCUACACCAUCGAGUGGCAGCCCGGUACCGUCGACGGCACCGUCACCCUCGCUCUCUUGGGUGGCUCGUCUCCCUCGACCCUCCAGUCCCAGGGCUCCAUUGCCACUGGCGUCAACAACCAGGAUGGCUCGUACGAGUGGGCUGUCGACUCCACGCUCGGUUCGGAUGCCACCUACGGUAUCCAGAUCACCCUCGAGAGCGACACAGAGACUUUCCAGUACUCGUUCCCCUUCCAGAUCAAGGCCAGCUCCGGCGGCAGCAGCAGUAGCAGCAGCACUUACGGCGCUGAGGAGGUCAGCUCUACCGCGACUGGCUCAUCCACCGUGACGGUUUCCCUGUCGAGCGCAUCCUCUACGUACGCUGCCGUGUCUACCGCGUCCUCCGCGGCCAAGAGCUCCGUCACCAGCGCCUACUCUGUCCCCGUCUCCUCCUCGUUCCCCAGUAUGACCGCCUCCGGCAACCUCUCGGCUACCGCCAGCCAGACCACCCUGUCCAGCAGCACCGUCUCCUCGACUGCCAGCAGCACCUCCACCACCUCUGCCCCGUCUAGCGUUGCCAGCAGCGGUGCUUCCCAAUUCGCCGCCGGCUCGCUCGCUCUGUUCGGUGGUGUCGCCGCCGCCAUAUUCGCUUUGUAA